CCGGGGGCAGCGUGAGCAAAGCUGGCGACCCUCGCCAUCGCGCAUCGCACGCGCAGCUCGUGUCCCGUCGUGCGCAUCUUCGCGGUACUACGCUCGCAAUAGUUGCAGUCGGCUGCGGCAUUCUAAACGGCUUCGUUUCAUCUUUGUUAUUAAAAAAGAGGGCGAAGAACGUGAUGUCGAUGAAGCAAGCAGUUCAGUUGGCGAUAGUGGCGGCAGUCCUGCUGUGGGAGCAGCGAUGCGACGCCGCGCCCACGGCCGCUAAGUUCUGCGGGCGACAGCUCGGCGAGAUAAUGAGCAGAGUCUGCCACGCUUACAAUAGUCCAUCCUGGGAUGUGCCUACAGUGGUAGUGGAACAAAGCGGUUCGCUAGUGCGGCGUAGGAGACAUCUCGGGAUAGUAGAUGAAUGCUGUACCAUAGGAUGCACUUGGGAACAACUCAGCAAAUACUGCUCAGUAAGCGUAUCCUCAGAAUCCCCAUUAGACGAUGAAAUAGAGGCGCACAUGAUAGCAGAUCGAUCAGCCGAGGCGUCGGGGCCUGCUUCGCCGGCUAUAGCGGGCAAUAGCAUGCCGACAGGGCCGCACUCAGGAGCGCGGCGCGAGGUGGGACCAGCUCGGAGUCGCGGGUACGGGCGCGCACGGUCCAGGGGGCGCCGCUGUUGGUGCCGGCGCAAGCGGCGCUCGGGCCGACGGCGAAUCGCUCUCAUGGGUAACAUGGACCUCGUAAACAGUGCAGUUCGCGCUGCGCCCGUAGUCGGCACCGUGUCGCCCCUGCUAACAUGGGGCAGAACCCUCAACACUGAUUUGCCGAUCGCAGAUGAGAAUAAAUACGCAUACGUCGCCAUCUACACGUAAUGUCCGUCAUUGUCGCGUCUUUAUUGCAUGGAUACUGGCACACAAUAGCUCGUGAUCGAGACAUACGACAACUGUUUACAGAAUGUGUCUUCUUUUAAUCGCCGUAUUACUCUUCAAAGCAAGUAGUUAUCCCAAAAAUAUAAAUAACUUGCUGCGGACAAACAAUAACUAAUACAUACACCAAAAUUACCUAACCACCUACAUCUUUCUCUCGUCUCUUCGUGUUCCCGGUUGCACCCUCUACAGAAGAACCAACUAUUUUAAAAGUAAAAAAAAAGAAAAUAUUCUCAGAUAUUAUGUCAGCAGGUAAAAUAAUGAAUUCUAUAUCACAAGUCAUUAUUCCAUUAAUGUAAACUUUAUUCCAUAGAUAUGUACCAAGUUAGUAUAAUAAUAAAUUAGAUGUGUUCGUUUCAUUCAUCAACACAAUGAUGCAUUAAUUUGUACAAAGUUAUGCUUUUAAAGUUACUGAUCAUGGUAGGUAUAUGCUUUUUGCGUAUAUUAGGAAACAUAUAUUUAAUUACUAGCUCAGACCGACUAAUAAAUUGUAGUUAGCCAGAUUAAAGUCAUUUAAUCUUGUAUAAAUAUUAUUUAGUGAAAUCAAUGUUUCUUGUAUCUGUAUUUAUUCUGUGAAUGUUAAAGAAAUUCGCUACUUUGCGCUGUGUCUAAUCAUGUCAAUUUAAAAUGCACCUAUAUUUUAGCAUAAAAAUUUUAAAACAAUUGUUUUUCAAAAAGUAUUUUAAAAAACCAUUACACCUUAUUUAUAACUCAUUUAUUUGUUUACGCAGGCAGUUCAUCGUGUUCAUUGCAUUUAUAUUUUUUAAGUUUCUUACCUGUGAUGUCUUAUUUAUCUUGAUGUUUCUUGUAUAAUAUAAAUAAAUCAGUAUGAGUAUACAAUUUAAUAAAUAGGUAAGUAAAUGUUAAGGUAACAUACCAAGUAAUUUUAAUUAUGCUUUAGAGUAACAUAUACAAACAACAUCAUAAUAGACUCAUUGAUAUCAUUCAUUUCUUGUAAUCUAUUCUCUUAACUAAGAAUCACCUACUAUUUAAGACUUAAAGAUCUCUAAAGCAUCUGUGAUAGUCCCAACUGAUAAAAUAAACAAUAAUUUAUAAAUUUAGUUGUAAUACCUACACUUCAUUUAGAUUUAGUACUUCCUUGCCAUGUUUUGUACACUAUAAAUAUACAGCGUGUUUUUAAGAUGUAGAUAGCUUAAGUUGUAGAUACUUUUAGUAUUUUUGUAAAUAAAGUUGUAUUAAAUUCAAAUAUGACUGAUUAAAUG